AUGCAGCCUCGGGAGAGUGGUGUGCAGUACAGCCAGUGGAAGGACAGUAGCCUGGAUGAAGUCAGCAUGGUGGCCAUGUCUGACAAUGAGGGUGCCUCACCCUGCAAGAGGGUCUGCCAGAAGCUGUGCAUGGGCAAGCUUGGCAUCACAGUGAAGGUAGUGAAUGGAGUGGUCCUCUUCUAUACCAUCUUCAUCCUGGGUUAUGCCACUGGUUACUACGUGCACAAGUGCACAUAA